AACUGGAGAAACUGAGUCGUCAUUUCCAGCUGCUGUCAGUCCUGCCAGCAGCCAAACGCUCCUCUCUGCUCCAGCUCCUCAAGACAACCAUGGAGGACAGAGAAGCAGUCAGUGUGCUGGAGAGUGUGCUGGAUCAGUUGUGUGAAGGUGAGACUCCUGACCUGGGUGACCUGGAAGAGUCUGAGAGGGAGACAGUCCAGGCCAUACUGGAUCUUGUAGACCAAUGUGUUGGGAAGGAUGAGGAAGAGAUCAGAUCUUCACUUCUCAGUGCCGUCCACCUCAUUGUCAGUGCCAUGGACGGAAUGACAGAUGAGGGUCUCUCUGUGUUGGGAUCCUGUUGCAGUCAUCCAGUCUUACAGGCCCUGCAGAUCCUGGUGCAGCAUGUGGCAGCAGGGAGUGGGGAGACCUUCUCUCUGAGAGAUGCAGGUCUGGCUGUUCUGACUGAGGAGGAGCUGUAUCAGAGGACAGAGCGUCUCUUUGCCCUCUCUAAUGUGGAACUUACCAGAUUGAAUGAGGACGCAGAAUUCACAGUGACUUCAGUUAUCUGCCCUGGACACCUUCUUCUUGUCAUGAGUAUCGCUGUGAAUGGCCUGGCCUCUUUAGGAUAGAUUGAGCCAAAUAGAAACAUUCCUUGUGCUACAAAGUGGAUAUAUGAACUGCACCGCCAGGGAUGAAUUUCAGAAAUGUCACAUUUGAUAACAUAUUGUUGAUGAUUGCAAAGCGACAGGAGUAAAACAUAUCAAAAACAAGAUAAUGCACGUGUGAAGAAAAAUGUACAAAAUAAUAUUCCCACUACUGUACAUUAAUUAAUGACACAUUCCUACGUCAUAUUUCCGUGUUAAUGGCUUUUCAUCAAAACGCAGUUGUAUUUACUUCUGCCAGAUGCCUUUAAUGACGUUUUUGCCCAUUGAAGACCGUUCAAAAAGUGUACAAAAUUCAAAAACUACAAGGCUAUUUUCAGAGUCACUUGCAUAGCUUAUUGUUGUUAUAAUGCUUUUUUUAAUGUAUUGUUAGGAAGCCCAUGACCUGACUCGUUAUGUCUAGGGGCCCUAGGCCUAAUUACAUGGUCUGUAACCAGACUCGUUAUGUCUAGGGGUCCUAGGCCUAGUUACAUGGUCUGUAACCAGACUUGUUACGUCUAGGGGUCCUAGGUCUAGUUACAUGGUCUAUAACCUGACUCGUUAUGUCUAGGGGUCCUAGGCCUAAUUACAUGGUCUGUAACCAUACUCGUUAUGUCUAGGGGUCCUAGGCCUAAUUACAUGGUCUAUAACCUGACUCGUUAUGUCUAGGGGCCCUAGGCCUAGUUACAUGGUCUGUAACCAGACUUGUUACGUCUAGGGGUCCUAGGUCUAGUUACAUGGUCUAUAACCUGACUCGUUAUGUCUAGGGGUCCUAGGCCUAAUUACAUGGUCUGUAACCUGACUCGUUAUGUCUAGGGGUCCUAGGCCUAAUUACAUGGUCUGUAACCAGACUCGUU